CAAUGAACUCAGAGAGCCGCGGCAAAGCGGAAACGGUCCAAACGCGACUGUGGAGAAAAUGUUGUGGUGCGAAGUUGACUUGAUGAAAUGAUCUUCAAGACGUGACUUUGGACUUCAAAUGGCCACUUUAGUGUUGGACAAUGGAGCCUACACGGCAAAAAUCGGAUAUAGUACGGAGGAAGUCAGCGUCCUUCCCAACUGUCAGUUUCGCUCCAAGACCUCCCGGAUGAAAACGUUCACCGCCAACCAGCUGGAUGAGAUCAAAGACCCCUCGGCGCUCUUCUACAUCUUGCCCUUCCAGAAGGGUUACCUGGUCAACUGGGACGUCCAGAGGAAAGUUUGGGAUCAUUUGUUUGGAAAAGAAAUGUUCAAGGUGGACUUUGGGGACACCAGCAUCAUCAUCAGCGAGCCUUACUUCAACUUCACGUCCAUCCAGGAGUCCAUGAACGAGAUCCUGUUUGAGGAGUACCGCUUCCAGUCGGCCCUCAGGAUCAACGCGGGUUCGCUGAGCGCUCGCCGAUAUUUCCGCACGGAAUCUUAUGAGCUGUGCUGCCUCCUGGUGGACAGCGGCUUCUCCUUCACGCACAUCGCCCCCUACUGCCGCGGCAGCAGAAUGAAGGACGCCGUCCGCAGGAUCAGCGUGGGAGGGAAGCUGCUGACCAACCACCUGAAAGAGAUCAUCUCCUAUCGGCAGCUGCACGUGAUGGACGAAACCCACGUGAUCAACCAGGUGAAGGAGGACGUGUGCUUCGUGUCUCAGGACUUCUACAGAGACAUGAGCGUCGCACAGCUGAAGGGUGCCGACAACACGGCGAUGAGGGACUACGUGCUUCCAGAUUUCAGCACCAUCAAAAAAGGCUUCUGCAAGCCGGCCGACCAGGUGGUGCUGAGCGGGAAGUACAAGACGGGAGAGCAGAUCCUCAGGUUGGCCAACGAGCGCUUCGCUGUUCCCGAGAUGCUCUUCCACCCUUCUGACAUCGGCAUCCGGGAGAUGGGCGUCCCCGAGGCCAUCGUGGACUCCGUUCGGUCCCUGUCGCGAGACAUGCAGCCUCACAUGUACGGCAACAUCAUCCUGACCGGAGGCAACGUUUUGUUUCCCGGCUUCCGAGAGCGACUGCAAGCUGAACUUCGCUCGCUGGUGCCCGCGCACAUUCCCGUCAAGGUCACGCUGGCCCACAAUCCCAUCACGUACGCGUGGGAAGGCGGCAAGCUGCUGGCAAACGAUCCGGACUACGAGGAGAUGGUGGUCACGCGGGACGACUACGAGGAAAACGGACAUUUUGUUUGUGAAGAAAAGUUUGAUAUUUGAGCCGCCGUUUUGUGCUUCUACCACGACACAACAAGUCAACUCGUGUGGAUUGACAGCGACUUUUAUUUUUGAUGACACCGUUGACAUGUUGCAAGGCAGCAACUUGAUGACCGUUGCCUGUCAAAGGGUCCCAGAGAAGACAUCGGUUUGCAUUGACUUAUGGAGUCGACUCAACAUGUCCACAACCUUAAAGGAAUAUUUGAAUCAUCAACUCAUGUGUCGAUUGCCUUUUAGAUGAGUCUGAUAAAAUCUUUUUUUUUUUUUUUUAAAUUGGCACCCCUUAUUGAAAAACGGGACAAUAUUUCAAAUUACACAAGCAAAUUGAUUGUGGUGCAGUUACUGGUUUGGUCUGUAACGUCAGAAAAAAAAGGGAAACGUUGACCAUUGUUUUCCAAAGUAAAAGCAGAUGUUUGCAAAGUC